UAUGAAUUUUGCCCUGCGCAUUGAUCGCCGCUGCUGCGCAGUGCAUUGCCAGGGAAGAGCUUUUAGGGUUUGCUUCAAUACGGUAGAUCCACUUUGGUGCGGCACCAAAGCAAAGGUCCAAGGAGGGAAGGGGCCAUGGAUGCUAUGGGGGGCGAGGAGCGGCAGGUGCAAGUACGUUUUGUCACAAAACUUCCCGAAGAGUAUAGGGUUACCAACGCAUCCUUUGCUGUUCCUGCAAGAUUGACCCGUUAUGGACUCUCGGAGGUCAUCAAUAGCCUGCUAAGCACAGAAAAGCUGAGGCCGUUUGACUUCCUCGUUGGCGGGGAGCUGCUCAGGACCUCUCUGGAGAGCUUGCUUGUCUCCAAGAAACUUUCAGCGGAAACCACUCUAACGAUCGAGUACAUUCCUGCGGUUGGACUGCCCAAGCCAGUCUCAAGCCAUGUCCACGACGAUUGGGUCAGCGCAAUCAAUGGAACUUCCCCUGAUGUGCUCGUAAGUGGCUGUUACGAUGGUGUUGCAAGGUUAUGGAGUUCGUCAGGGGAGGCUCUUACCUCAUUACAGGGGCAUUCCGAUGCAAUCACCUCCACCGCGGUCAUACCACGGGCAUCGGGCUCAUGUGAUGUCAUAACAGCAUCAAAGGACAGGACACUUCGAGUGUGGCAGGUAAAAGGAACUGAUUCACAACCCUCGGGUGACCUUCAUCAAGUGCUACGAGGUCAUAGUGCAGCAAUCCAGUCUGUGGUCGCCAGUCCGUCAGGGAAUGAGGUGGCUUCGGGGUCCUGGGACACGACCAUCAAGGUGUGGUCUGUUAGUAGAGACGCUGAAGAUGGGGGCAGUGCGCCCAAGAGACAAAGAGUCGAGGACAGUGGGGCAGCCCCUGCCGGGGAGCAGGAGGCCAGAGAGGCGCGGGUCACGCUGGAGGGUCACUCGCAGUGCGUUUCAGCGGUGGACUGGUCUCGAGCUGACACAAUCCACUCCGCGUCGUGGGACCAUUCCGUUAGAACCUGGGACGUGCAAGCGGCAGUCAACACAAGCACCAUUACUGGUAGCAAAGUCAUCCUGGCCCUAAGCGUGGGAGGUGAAGGCGGGGCUUUGCUGGCAACAGGGGGAGCAGACCCAGCCAUUCGAAUCUGGGAUUCACGAGAUUCAAGUUCUACUGGUUCUGCGAUCCAGUUGCUAUCGCACAAAGGCUGGAUAACGGCGGUGAAAUGGCACAAGACCAGAACACACCAGUUGCUCUCCACUUCGCAUGAUGGCACCGUCAAGAUGUGGGACGUUCGGAGUAAAGUACCUCUGCAUACUGUACAGGCGCACACUGUUAAGGCUCUGUGUGUGGACUGGUUUCAAGAGGCGACAAUCGUCAGUGGUGGGGCUGACAAUCAGCUCCGUUUUCACGCUCUGGACAACCCAUAAUUCUGAUUUUGUUCAAUGUGAAGGAACCCAAAUCUGUAUAGACGGUAAGAGGUCGCGAGCAUUCUUUUGCGGCGUCAACAAGACGGCCAAACAACUUUUCUGAAAGGUCGGAUGCUUGGAUGCGAGCUCGAGAAUCAUGGUCAUUUCACCUAGGGCCUGAUUUGAUUUGGUCGAGCACAUGGCAUCCGGACUUUCUUGGUGUAAAGUGAGCCGGCUGGCUUGCUAGCGUCCAAUGGAUUGAAAAUUUAUCUCGGCCAAAAUAGAAGUGAUCUGGUCUUUGAAAGCUGCACACAAACAGUUCUCAUAAUAGACUAUGGUCCCUGCAUAAAGGUGGAUGGCAAGGGCUGUCCGGAGCCAAAUACGAAAACACACUUACAACUUCCCUG